AUGUUGAAGUGCGUUGCAACGACCUGUUGCGUCCUACUGAUUUUUAUGACGCUUUAUAAAAUCUGGAAAUUCUUUGGAGCUGAUGAAGCCUUUUCAUUUACCGCAGCCGAUUUUAAACAGCUGAAUUUUCACCAAUUUCGGCCCUAUCCAAUUUCUCGAAUUGAUGACGUUGAGGAAGCUAGAGAUAAUCAAACAAACUCGAUAGCUAUUGUUAUCAUCGUAAAAGCUGGUACGAGCGCUGUUCAAAUGACCAUAAAAUCGAUUCGCUGCUAUGCGGAGGUCCAAGGCUACGCAUAUUUUUACAUAGACUACAGUAAAAAUGUGACCCUACAAUCGAUGUGCCCGCAAGAAGAUUUUCUCUUUACCCGCCACUGCGUGUUGACCGAUUUAAUGAAACGAGUAACCUACGAUUGGUUCCUUUUUCUAGGGGAUGACAUCGGUGUCAUAAACCCCGUCAGACGGCUCGAAGAAUUUAUACCAGCAGAGCACACAGUUAAUUUGGUGUUCUAUAAUCGUUUUUACCGCGACGAAAUCAUGGCCGACUCGUAUUUGAUACGCAACACCCAGCAAUCGCUUGAAUUUUUGACGCGCUGGGCGGACUAUGGCAAUAAUACAAAAGAUGCUGGAUGCCUCGGGACUGAUAAUGGCGCUAUUCAAGCAAGCGGAACUUUUGCAUUUUACAUGCCAUUUCCAUUUUUUUCUAUACCUGGGAUGAUUUUUAUGAAUAUUAGACGAAAUUCACUUAUUCAGGCAGCCAUACUCGAAUUCUUUCUUCCCGCGCUGAACCGAAUGAACUCAUGCUGCCAGACGAUGUGGUGGAUGGGAAGUAAAUAUUCUGAGCUGUUCCUGUAUGAAGCUUGUGCUCAAUAUCUUCUUUCUCAAAUCCCGAAGGAAGUGCUGGCUCAAAAAAGACUCAAGAUUUAUGAGAAAGGGCAAGGCUGGUCCCGCGACGGUAGGAUGACUGGUUCAAAAUGGUGCGAGCGGGACCUGUUCUUGCAGGGCUGGAAGGAAGAGAAACAGAAUAUGGAAUGGAUGUUCCCAUUUACGUCGAACAAAAUUUUCGAUAGAAAGUGUGGUGCUGGCGAGCUUUCAAGGUGGAGCUACGAUCCUCGCCUAAAAGUCGAUUGUCUUGAUCUCGACCUCGAGAUGCACGUCCUCUUCGAAGAGACCCGCGCUAAACAUUAUCAACGGCUGCAAACGUUGCGGCAAAUGGAUGUAUUUCCGGUGAAAUUGUAUGAGAAAUAUGGGUUG